GAGCAGAGUGAAUGUCAACAGUUGAUGUAACGUGUAGUAGCAACUCGCUGACAAAAUCAGCUGUUUUUCUGAAAUCGACAAUGUACAGCGAUUCGAGUGCUGGAUGGUGAUUGGGUUCGUCACACAGAUGGCGUAUCGGUUUGGCAUUCCAUUCAAUUUCCAUAAAAUGUUCUCCUAAAAUUGCCAUUUCAAUUUUUCUAUAAAUCAUAUUAGUUGAGAUAAUGAUUGACAUGGCAAAAAUUCCGCACAUUUUCUUUCAUUUGAUCGUUUAAUUUGCGGCCGAAAUGUAACGUAACUGUCCGAUGCGAUACGAAUGUGACAGUUGUGGCGUGUGAACGUGUUUGCCAUUUCGCUGCAAAAUACAGCAACCUACAGAGAUAGAGACGGUAGCCAUUUUUGGUCAGCAGAAUUUUAGUUCCCAAAUAAAUCACUGACGGCGUAUACAGUAUCCGGAAGAAUGAUGGCGAUCCCAAGUUUCGAUCAAAUUGAAUAGUUUUUAAUAAUACAUAUUUUUUAAUUGAAACAAGUGUUAAAAAGUGUUUAAAUAAGCGAAUUUUCAAUGUUACUAAAAUAAUAUAUACGAAUUAUUAACGUUUCAUCAACGGAAAUCGAAAUCAGUGGAAGGGAAUAUAGUUGAAAAGGAGCGACAAACAGAUUCCGAUUUAAUAAUAAUUACACACAAAAAUGCAGAGUAUCGAACAUUGUGAUAGAAAAAAAGUUGAUUGCAAAGUGUCUAGUGUUAGCAGCAAAAGCAAAAACAGCAGCACCAGCAGUAGCAGCAGCACAAGCAGCAGUAGUAGUAGUAGUGUACCAUCUACAUCAAAAACGACGAUUGCAAAUCAUAGCCCAAGUGGAAAUGAAAAAAAUAAUAUGUCGUCGUCUACGACCGAAAUCAAAUUAAAAAAUAAAUGUUGCAACAAUUCGAACACAAGUCCAAGUAAAACAGUUAUUGAAAAGUAUACCGACAUAAAUCAAAUAGUUCUUGAUUCGUCUGAAUCGGAUGAAGAAUCUGUUUCAGAGGGAGAUUUGGAUGAAGAGAUUCCAGAAUCGUGUUCGUCGUCAGAUGAUGACCUAGAGCUUGAUGAAACAAAUUUAGGCGAAGAAGAAGAAUCGGAAGAGGAGGAUGAGGAUGGAGAUGAUGAGGGGCGAACAGAUGACGACGACGAAGACUGUGAGGAAGACGAAGAAAAUGAUACUGUUCCUGUUUUACGGAGUGCUAGUCUAGCCCUAACCGAUGCUGCCGAAGAGCUGAAUCGAAUGCGAACAGACACAAAUCGAGAUCGAAAUCUGCUGUCGCGAACGUUGAUUGCAGCCUGUGCAGAUAAUGAUGUAAACACCGUCCGCAGACUUUUAGGCGAUGGAACGAAUACAAUUAAUGAAGGCACCGACGACGGUGAAUCAUUAUUAUCGUUAGCAUGUUCAGCCGGUUACUAUGAAUUAGCACAAGUUUUACUUGCGAUGCAAGCGCAAGUGGAAGAUCGAGGCCAAAAGAAUGAUUGUACACCUCUGAUGGAAGCAGCUUCGGCGGGACAUGUAGAAAUUAUCAAACUUCUAAUAUCGCAUAAUGCAGAUGUAAACGCUCAAUCGUCGACCGGUAACACGCCUCUUAUGUAUGCCUGUGCAGCUGGCCACAUAGAAGCGGUCAAAGAACUUCUGGCCGCCGGUGCAAACAUCGAAGAUCACAAUGAAAACGGCCAUACACCUCUUAUGGAAGCGGCAUCAGCCGGUCAUGUGGAAGUUGCCAAAAUCUUGUUAGAACACGGUGCUGGUAUCAAUACGCAUUCAAAUGAAUUUAAAGAAAGUGCACUUACAUUAGCGUGUUACAAAGGCCAUCUGGACAUGGUACGAUUUCUGUUAGAAGCUGGCGCAGAUCAAGAACACAAGACCGAUGAAAUGCAUACCGCACUGAUGGAGGCAUCGAUGGAUGGACACGUUGAAGUGGCAAGACUCCUUUUGGAUUCGGGUGCACAAGUCAACAUGCCAACCGAUUCAUUUGAAUCUCCACUCACCUUAGCCGCUUGCGGCGGACACGUUGAUUUGGCUAUGUUGCUGCUCGAACGUGGCGCCAAUAUCGAAGAGGUGAACGAUGAAGGUUACACACCAUUGAUGGAGGCAUCGCGUGAAGGUCACGAAGAAAUGGCUGCAUUACUACUGUCGCAGGGUGCCAAUAUUAACGCCCAAACCGAAGAAACCCAAGAAACUGCUCUGACAUUAGCCUGUUGUGGUGGUUUCCUUGAAGUAGCUGAUUAUUUAUUGAAAAAUGGAGCCGAUUUGGAGAUUGGAGCUUCAACACCGCUGAUGGAAGCGGCGCAAGAAGGCCACAUUGAAUUAGUUCGAUUUCUUCUGGAGAGCACCGCCAAUGUCCACGCACAAACACCAACCGGUGACACAGCGUUAACGUAUGCUUGCGAAAAUGGUCAUACCGAUGUUGCCGAAGUUUUACUUAUGUAUGGUGCCGAAUUAGAACACGAAUCGGAAGGCGGCCGAACACCACUCAUGAAGGCCUGUCGAGCCGGUCACAUUUGCACCAUUAAAUUUCUUAUCAAUAAGGGAGCGGAUGUCAACAAACAAUCGACCAGCAAUGAUCAUACACCUUUAUCGUUAGCCUGUGCCGGUGGACACCAAGCCGUUGUUGAAUUAUUACUUAAAAGUGGCGCCGAUCCAUUUCAUAAGCUUAAAGAUAACUCUACGAUGCUAAUCGAAGCGUCGAAGGGUGGUCAUAUUGGAGUAGUUCAGCUGUUGCUCGAUUAUCCAAACUGGAUGUACCAGCAGCAGCAGCCACCACAAGAGCAGGUGCCGCCACAAGUUCAACAGCAGGUUCAACAGCAGGUUCAACAGCAGGUACAACAACAACAGCAGGUUCAACAACAACAGCAGCAGGUUCAACAACAACAACAACAACAACUACUACUACAACAACAACAACAACAACAACAACAACAGCAGCAGCAACAACAACAACAACAGCAGCAGCAGCAGCAACAACAGCAACAGCAGCAGCAGCAGCAGCAACAACAGCAACAGCAGCAACAACAACAACAGCAGCAAAUCCAACAGCCUGCAAUUCAACAACCUUUGCCCGAAAUUCAACUUCCAGCGCAAGUCUUUCCAGAUGCUGGGUUACAAGAAGUACCCGAAGCCGUCAGAGUUACUAAUCAGCAAAUCUUUCAACAUCAAGUUACGCCAACCGACGCAACAUUACCGAAUUCAUUGCAAAAUAUCCUAUUGAAUUCGAAUGUAAAAAAUACGCCGAUGGAAGAUUCAAUAUUGGCGAAUAUGCGUUUCCUUCGUAAUCAAGGGUUUAAGGAUGGAUUGGCAUUGGGCUUAGCUAGAUUUGGUCUUGUGAAUAAUAACAAUAACACAAGCCAAAAUAAUAACAUCAAUGCGACCGAUACGAUCAUAACAGCUGGUGCAAUGUCAAGUGAUCCACCGAUGCAUUCGCAACCAAUUAGCUUGCCUGUCGCAACUCCGGUUGUGAAUACGGCGCCGCAUACCAACAAUGUCAAGCAAAAGAGUUUACUUCGCAAGAAUCGCCAAACGCCAGCACCUUUCGAAUUGAAUGUCCCGACGCCAAUCGAUCCAACGCAACAAAAUCGAUUGCAACAAUUUGGCGAAGAUCUAUCGAAAACAUUUGGGUCUGUGACCGCACCCUUAGUCACCGAUAAAAACGUGAUGAAACCGAAUUUCCUGGAAGAAUUUAAACUGCUCGAUCCAACAAAGCAGAAAACACCGUUCAAAAUCUCAGAUGGGGAGAGUGCUACACCGACUUUCAUACCAACGAGCUAUGCUUUGGAUUUGAAUCUGACGCCAACGAAUGUUACUCCAACAACAGCCAACACGAGUUCAUCGAAUAUUACCCCUUAUUUGUUGCCAAAUACGAGCAUUACAACGGUUACGUCUUCUCCAAUCGCUCCAUCUGAGGUGUCGCCAACCACUGCAAUUAGUGACCGACCAAAAGUGAAAUCUGUAUCGAAAAAGGACAGUAAAAAUAAUCGAAAAGCUGUAGCAUCAUCCAUUUCGGCAAUCCAACCCAAUCCAGCGUUUAUGAAAACAGAACAAUCGAAAAUCACUCCCGUUCUACAACCUACUGAACUUCAACAACAGCAACAGCAGCUACAACAGCACCAGCACCAGCACCAGCAACAACAACAACAACAACAACAACAACAACAACAGCUAAAUCUCCAGGCACAACCAGCACCCAUCGAUAUGCAGCAGUUCGCGGCUCAAGUACCAAAUUUUCCAUCGCAAAAGUUUGCACCGAAACUGACCAUGGAUCGACCAAAAAUAACACCCGAAGCGCUUUCUAAGAGCGCUGUCGGUGAAACAAUAACACCGCCAUCUAGUGAUCAGUUGCGAAGCAACAUUGUGUCAGAAGACGAUUCAGCCGAACAAAUUGCACCGAAUGAAAACAUCCUCCAGUUGGUCGCGCAAAUCCCGAACCAUCCGUUGCAGAAAUUUGCCCAGAAAUUGUUGGUUGAUCGACCAAAAGCAUUAUCGGAAUCACAUUCCAAAAAUGCUUCAGACGAUACAACGCCACCGAAAACCAAUUCGCCUACCACAUCGACGACCCCAGAUAUCGCUGAUAUUUCGCGCAUUUUCUUCGAAGUCAUUCGAUCCGAACUGAAUGCCAAUCAAAUGCCGGAGUUUGUAAUCCACGAAAAACCCUGUUCAACACACACAAUUGCUGGAGACUCGGAAUCCAAAACCAACUGUGAACAAGAUUCUAAUCAAUCAAAAAAUUUCGGUGAUCAGCAAGAUGAUUUGAGCAUGUUUUCCGUUGAAGAGAGUGAUAAUAAGGACGCUUAUCUGGAUAUAGACAGUCCGACAGAUGUUUUCAAUACCGAUGCACUGCAACAGCGUACACGCGAAAAUAACUGCAACUAUGAUUGGGCUGAUGACAUUGAUGUGUUGAAUGUUCUGCACAGCGUCAAUGAUUGGCCGGUAACGUUACAGGAAGUGACCGCGAAUUUCAAUGAAUACACCGAGUAUGCGAACUACAUUGGCUUGAAUUCAGCCUGCAAAAUGCGUUGGACUACAACCGCCCCAACCGGCAAAGCGACUCCAAUUGAUGAGCAACAGCAGCAAUUAGACCAUCAGCAAAUGUGUCAGAUCGAACAACAACUGCACCAGCAAUUACAACAGCAAUUUUGCGUUGAACAAUUCCAAUUGCUCAGUCAACUUCAGAAUCAGCAACAAGAUCAAAUACCGUUGGUUCCACCGCCAUUAGUCGAUAUGCAAAAGCAACCGAAACUGGAUUUGCAAUCGAUUCAGCCACAAUUUCAAGCGCCCACCUCACCAACAACGACGCAACCAAUUGCGGAAUCGAUCGGCGAACCAGAACAAACCAAUUUCCAAACUUCACAAUCGCUUCAAUUGCUGUUUCAAUUGCCAAAUGUUCAACAAACUGGAACUCAGUCACAAUCACAAGCUGUGUUAACAACCAUCAACCAACCUAACCACUAUCGAUACGCAAGUGCAAAUGUCAUGAACCAUGGAGUAAUGCCACAAAAUUUGGAUCAACAAAUUCAAGUGAAGCAGCCACAACUUCAGCCAAAUCCAUUGCCGCCGAAUGCCCACUUUCAAGCGAUUCAAUCUCAAAAUCCACGUCAGCAAGAGCAAGACACAACAGUUAAUAAUAAUCAACAACCGCAAACGAUUCAGUCGCAACCACAAAAUAAUAUCUCCAAUAAUAAUAGUAGCUUAUGUACCAGUGCACAAGAUCAAACCUGCGCAACGCCCGCAUCUCACAAGACCAAAAAGGUCAUGGAGAAAUCACGACGAGAACGGAAGACAAUAGCGCGUCAAGCAUCUGCCCCAAACACAAACACAGCUAUGCAACAGCUUGCAAUCAACACUCAAUCACCGUUGGCGGAUAAAACGAUCGAUAUUGAUUCCGAAACAGAUUCGAAUCAUGAUACCGCUUUGACACUGGCCUGUGCGGGCGGUCAUGAAGAAUUAGUCGAACUGUUGCUGCAACGCGAUGCAAAUAUUGAACACCGCGACAAAAAAGGUUUUACUCCGUUGAUACUAGCUGCAACGGCUGGCCAUGAGAAGGUAGUAAAUAUUCUGCUGAACAAUGGCGCCGAGCUAGAAGCUCAAUCGGAACGAACGAAGGAUACUCCGUUGUCGUUAGCGUGUUCAGGUGGACGAUAUGAAGUCGUGGAGAUCCUGCUCAGAGUUGGCGCAAAUAAGGAACAUCGAAAUGUGUCCGACUACACGCCACUGAGUUUAGCUGCCAGCGGAGGUUAUGUGAAUAUUAUUCGAUUGCUGUUGAACCAUGGUGCCGAAAUAAAUUCACGUACCGGCAGCAAAUUGGGCAUUUCGCCUUUAAUGCUUGCGGCAAUGAAUGGUCAUACCGCUGCCGUUAAGCUCCUCCUUGAUAUGGGUUCCGAUAUUAAUGCUCAAAUCGAAACAAACCGUAACACCGCAUUAACACUGGCCUGCUUCCAGGGCCGGCACGAAGUGGUGAGUUUAUUGCUCGAUCGAAAAGCGAAUGUUGAACACAGAGCCAAAACCGGAUUGACACCGCUAAUGGAAGCCGCAUCCGGCGGUUACAUUGAAGUUGGUCGCGUAUUGUUGGACAAGGGAGCCGAUGUUAAUGCAACGCCCGUUCCGUCGUCAAGAGAUACCGCGCUCACAAUAGCUGCGGACAAGGGUCACUUGAAAUUCGUGGACCUUCUGCUGCAGCGAGGUGCGGCCGUUGAAGUGAAAAACAAGAAGGGAAAUUCUCCGCUUUGGCUCGCCGCAAACGGUGGCCACCUCUCCGUUGUAAAAAUCCUGAAGAAUCAUAACGCCGAUAUCGAUUCACAAGAUAAUCGUCGCGUUUCAUGUCUUAUGGCUGCCUUCCGUAAAGGUCACACCAAAGUUGUCGAGUUCAUGGUGAACCACGUUACUCAAUUUCCAUCCGAUCAAGAGAUGACCAGAUAUAUUGCAACGGUGAGCGAUAAAGAGCUCGCGGACAAAUGCAAAGAAUGCGUGAAAACCAUUCGCGCUGCCAAAGAAGCCCAAGCCGUAAAGGCAAACAAAAAUGCGUCUAUCUUACUGGAAGAAUUGGAUAUGGAAAAGAAUCGUGAAGAGAAUCGCAAGGCUGCGGCAGCCAGACGACGUGAACGAAAGAAGAAGAAGAAAAUGGAAAAGAAAGAGGAGAAACGUAAACUAAUGGAAGUUGAACAGGUGCCGGAGAAAGAGAGCUGCAGCAAAAAGAAGAAUCAAUCGUCGAACGACAGCAAAGAGGUGGUCAGUCCAGAGAAAGAAGAAACCGAUUCAGGAAUCGAUGUACACAGUCAAGGAUCAUAUUCCAGUGCUGAUAACAAAAAUAACAAUGCCACAAACAAAUCAAAUGAAAAUGCCAGCAGCAAAAGCAGUAGCAAUAAGUCUGAAGUCGGUGCCGCAGACAACGUCAUCAAGAAAAAUCAAAAAGCAAAUAAAAACAGCAAUCAAUCGAAGAAGAAUAAAAGCCCGAACCGAACCCAAGAGUCUGAUGAAGAGAAAGAAACGACCGCGGCUAUGUCGACGACAACUGCAACAACAACAACAGCGUCGACGACGACAAAGCCAUCCAAGCAAAAUGAUAGAAGCCACGCCACUGAGAGCAAAAGCCAAUCAAGCAAUGAUACCAGUAGCGACACUUACAGCAGAAAUAAUAACCAUCAUCACAAAGAGAAAGAUGCAAAACAUCGAAAUACCACGCAGAACGAUUCCAACGAAAGGGAGACUGCAGCAAAUGUGAGCAACAACAAUAGCAGUAACAGUCGUGGAUCGAAAGAAAAAGAACGUUCGAAUAACAAAUCAAUCGAAAAUCAUACGGAUGGCAACAAGAAUGAGACGAGCGAAAAGAAUGACAUGCACUCGAAAUUCAACUCACACGAACCAGUUGUGACGGCGUUACAUCACAAAACCACCCGAAAUGCAACUGCGCACCACAAUGAUGCUAGUGAUGGUGAAGUGUCUUACUUUAAUUCAACACGGAAUAAGAACAACAAAACGACCACACAGCAUGAGAGUGUGAGCAAAACGGCCACCACCAAAUCGAGUGCCCAAUUCAAACGAGAGGAAGGCUGGAAAGAAGUGAGCCGCAAGAGCUCAACUCAACAGCAUCCCACAACAGAUACGUCGGUGAAGAAAAUUAUCAUACCAACGUAUGCAAUUUCACGUGUUAUCGGACGGGCUGGUAGUAAUAUAAAUGCUAUUCGUGCUGCUACCGGUGCACAUAUCGAAGUUGAAAAACAGGGAAAAUCGCAAAAUGAUCGCAUGAUCACAAUUAAAGGUUCGACCGAUGCCACUAAGCAAGCUUCCCUUCUGAUUGGAGCUCUUGUCAAGGAUCCAGAAGUGGAUAUUCUGCAAAUGCUACCGAAAGUCAAUAAUAAUGCCCGAUCACUUCCGCCGUCGAAUGUCGUUGAAAAGCCAAUAAUCACCACACAAACGGUGACAGCUACCGUGACAAGCACUGCAACUGGACCAAAAGUGUCUAAGCCAGUGUCCACCGUUGCCAGUUCGACAACUAGCACGGUUCGAGCUCCUCACAGCGUCAAUAUAACCAGCGUAACGAGCAAUAUCACCAGCACUAAUAUUAUUUGCAGCAGCAGUGGAAGCAUUGGCAGCACCAUUAGCAGCAAACCAGCAACGGUGACUCAAGUUCGUACUGUAACAAACACAAAUCGCACUCCGAUGCCGAAUGAUACAGCCGCAUUCAAGAAAACUGAACCGUUUCCAUCGACAAAAAUUGCCACAUUGACUAUUGAUCAUAGUGGUUUGAUGGCGUUGAAGAACACCAUCAAGAAUUCAACAUCCGAAGCGUUCGGAACAUUUGCAGCCAAAGUGGCAUCCGAUGUGAAACCAAUUGUCGUUUCAUCGGAAAGCAUUCAAAUUCAUUCGUCUCCAAAACAUGUAGUGGCCCCCAAUCAACCGGCGCCAUUCUCUUCGGCAAAUGUGUUUACAAAUGCAAGCAAUGAUAAAACGGUGAAAACCACCACAUCGGUAUCCAGCUACUCGAAUACAAUUGGUGAUGUGGCCGUAACCUCAACUGUACCCAGUUCUAUUGCCAAUCGUCAUGAUAGAAACAGCGUGUACAGGGAGGUUCCAUUGGUGGAUAAGCCAAUCGUUCCGCUUGAGUCCACUUCAAUUAUUCAAGCGGCCGCCUUGCAACAGCAGACCGACGCAAAAACGUUGCAAAGUCGCCAGAAAACCAGUGGUGUUCAGUUGCCUAUCAUACCAAAUUCACAAUCGCAUGAAUAUUCAUUGUUUGCCGGUGAAUGGGAAAAGAAGUCCACGUUCAAUGGCCGAACGGCUGAAAAUUAUCUCGAAAGUGACAGCCUUCCAAAGGCCGAUGCAUCCAAAGCGCCCGGUUAUCGUGGUGCCAAUCUCAAUUCGCCCGUCAACUCGAAAACGUCAAAACUCGCCAAAACUGAUGAAAAAUCGGUAAAAGAUUUAGAUCAAAAAUCCGACCAAUCCUCACAAAAGAGCAUAGACUUCAAGACCAACGAACCGGCCGAUCAAUUGGACUCGAUUUCAAAGAGUGGUGGCAGCGUCGUGAAACUUGAAACGGAUGAUUUGCAACGAAGUGAUAAACUCAUCGAAAAAGAUUCGGUCUUAGCAGAUUUGGACAAGCCACAGAUUGCACCGCAUAUUUCACCCAUUGGUAUAGCUCCAGCAAAGCUUCCACCGCCAAUUGGUUCCCAAUUGAAUAUUGCCACAUCGCAAUCAGUGAUCAAACCAAACACAUCAGUAUAUGGAAAUACAGUGAGCGAUUCAUUUCCACAAUCAAUCAUUCGACCGCCAUCGAUGCAAACCUUAUCGGCCGCACAAGACAUGUCUUCGUCACGGUCGUUAUCUCAGUCUCAGCUGCGAAUGAUGGUUCCAAUGGAUUCAAUGAACAUGGACACCAAAUCGAAUCAAAACUGUUACGAUCCGCCGUAUCGUAACAUGAACUACUCCAAUGUGGAUGCAAUGCAAUCGUAUCAACAGGGUUUGAAUACGAAUCAGAUGUCAAUGUCACGUUUGAAUCCGCGUGCUUCUGUCUUCUCAUCAAUGGGAACAAAUGUCGUCAAAAAUAAUCCGACGCAAGCGCCAUACGGCCGCAACAAUAUGUUCUCACAAAAUCCAAAUCAAUCGAUAAACGCAAACUAUAAUCCGUAUCAGAAGAUGCCAUUCACUAAUCAGAACACUGGUAAUGCGGCACCGUUUUACAAUCGGGCACCGGGUCGGCCACAAUCUCAACCGACCAGCAACAAUGGUCGCAUGUUCACCGAAUUUGCGCAUUCAAGUCAUACAUCACCGAAUGACACAUUUAAUUUGGAUCAUGCAAACCUCGUGAUGCCCAUGAAUUCAACAUCAUCGAUGUCGCCCAAUGGAAAUAAUAAUUCACAAGUAGCCACCAACAACAAAAAUGUACUGCAACCCGAUGACAAUCGACGCAUGCCACGUCCAAUCGGUACCGAACGAGCAUCGUGGAAGCACAACGUUAACAUCGGCGGAUUGAACACCAAUUUGGAAAAUGUGGAUAACAUGAACCAACAUUCACUGCCACCGUGGUUAGCAGAACAGCCACCACCAUCUCAACCAUCGCAACCACAUCUUUCGAAUGAUCAACAACCACCCCAACACUGGAUGCAGUAUCCGCUUUCGGCUAGAAAUCCCUAUAACGACGACUUGCAUCUUCAAGAUCAGUUCAAUCAAGUUCCCAUGGAUUAUUACAAUUCAAUGUUACCACAGAAUCAACCACCGAUGAUGCCAUCGAUGCACUAUUCCCAAAUGGCACAACCAGAAAUCGGGCAAGACUUAUGGGAUCAUGAAAAACAUAAUCAAGGAUGGUCAAAAUGGACAAACUAGCCAACUAGCUUCGUGAAUUAGGUCUUUUUCAUUGAUUGUUGCAGCUUAUCGACUUCAAGGCAAAACACACCAACUAAGAAACUAAACAUAAACAAAUACUGCUAAACCGCUCAGCAAAAAACGAAAGAACAACAGCAUGAAAAUUUACAAAAAAAAGUUUUAUCAAAUUUAGUGCCGUUUACAUUUUUAAAUAAUAUCAAAUUAUUAUUAACUCUCAUAUUCCACCCAAAAAAGCAUUCUUAGCUUAGAGUUUAAUAGAAAAAAAAAAUUACCUACAACAAGAAAAGAAUGAAACAAACAAACAAACAUUACAAUUUAUUACUUCAUGUUUUGUUUUCACACAACAUAUACAAAAAGAAACAAAAAUGAGAUAAACAAAUUAAUAAAGCGAACAACACCCCCUCCCAA